GUUAUUAGAGAAGAUUGUAAGAUCGAGACAGAGAGACAUCAAAGAAGGAAAGCAAGACAGAUCGAAAUGGAGAACUUCCCGGUUGUUAACAUGGAGCAACUCAACGGUGAAAAGAGAGCGGCAACUAUGGAGAAGAUAAACGAUGCUUGUGAGAACUGGGGUUUCUUUGAGUUGAUGAACCAUGGGAUAUCCCAUGAGUUGAUGGACAAGGUGGAGAAGCUCACAAAGGAGCACUACAGAAAGUGCAUGGAGCAAAGGUUCAAGGAAAUGGUGGCAAGCAAAGGUCUCGAAGCUGUCAACUCUGAAAUCGAAGAUUUGGACUGGGAAAGCACCUUCUUCUUGCGCCAUCUCCCCUUCUCCAACAUUUCCCAAGUCCCCGAUCUCGACGAAGAUUACAGGGAGGCCAUGAAGGAAUUUGCAGUGGAACUAGAGAAGCUGGCUGAGCAACUACUGGACUUGUUGUGUGAGAAUCUGGGGCUGGAGAAGGGUUACCUGAAGAAGGCUUUCUAUGGAUCCAAGGGACCAAAUUUUGGUACCAAGGUGAGCAACUACCCUCCAUGCCCCAAACCGGACCUGGUCAAGGGACUCCGGGCCCACACCGAUGCCGGAGGCGUCAUCCUGCUGUUCCAAGAUGAUAAGGUCAGCGGCCUCCAGCUGCUCAAGGAUGGGCAAUGGAUUGAUGUACCUCCAAUGCACCACUCCAUUGUCAUCAACUUAGGUGACCAACUUGAGGUGAUCACUAACGGCAAGUACAAGAGUGUGAUGCACCGUGUGUUAGUGCAACCUGAUGGAAACAGAAUGUCCAUAGCCUCAUUCUACAACCCCGGCGACGAUGCUGUUAUCUGUCCAGCACCGGCAAUGCUUGAAAAACAAACCGAGGAAUGCCCAACUUAUCCAAAAUUCGUGUUUGAUGACUACAUGAAGCUCUAUGCAGGCCUCAAAUUUCAAGCCAAGGAGCCAAGGUUUGAAGCCAUGAAGGCCAUGGAAUCCAUUGCGAUUGUUUGAACCCUGAAAACAGUCUAUUGGGCUCUGUGUAGUUAGUAUUGUAAUAACAGCUUUGUGUGUGUGUGUGUGUUAGUUUGUCUGUGUGUACUUAGUAAUGUUGCAGCAGCUUUGUGUGUUGGUCUGCCUGUAGUUAUUGUAAUAAGGAAUUUGGUUUUUAUCUACCUGAAUUUCCUCUUCUGGUGGGAAUUUAGAGUUGAAAUUAAUGUAGAGCCUAUAAGCUAGUGUGAGAGUUGGGAUUUUCUGGUGAAUAACAUCAGUAUCAAUGUUUAUGAUGUACUAUCGUAAAAAGUGACCAAGCAAUGUGUAAUCUGGUAACUGUUUUUAUAAUAGAGAAUUAUAUGUACAAAUAAUUAUCAAAGACCCAUGUUCUUGAGAGUUCUCAUUGUAUUGGAUUUUCAAGAGGUACUGUAAUUAACAUUGUAGAUUCUCAUUCUAUCUGGUUAAUUAUAUCAUAAAAUCCAACAUUCUAACAAGGACAAUCCAUGUUUAUCUGGUUAAUUAUAUCAUAUAAUCCAACAUUCUAACAAGGACAAUCCAUGUUCGGAGAUUCUUUAUCAAUGAAUAUUCAACAGUAACAAU